GUCAAGAACACGCUAAUCGAAAAAAUCACAUUCUAUAAAUAUUAGACUCUUGCUUCUUCUAUUUGUAACUCGUAUUACAGUGUUCUCGAUCUUAUCUUCUUCUUCAUCUCCCGGUUACUCUGAUUAGCAGAGAUUCUCUGCAAAGUUUAGACACAUAUUAACGGUUUGAUUCUGUAUACAAGAAACAGAACAUCGAGACCUGAUUAAAACCCUAAUAUCUCUCUCGACGACAACGACACGGAAUGUAAUAAGGAAGAAGCUACAAAAGCAAUUAAAAUUGCAGAGAGAAAACUUUCAGAGAACGACUACAACGGAGCGAAGAGAUUCGCUGGAAAAGCUAAGACUUUGUAUCCAACCCUCGAUGGUUUGGAACAGAUCUCAACGAUGGUCGAUGUUUACAUCUCUGCAUCGAACAAGACAAACGGAAGUGAAUCGGAUUGGUAUGGGAUUCUCGAUGUUGAUCCUUUGGCCGAUGAAGAAGCCGUCAAAAAACAGUACAAGAAGUUAGCACUUUUGCUUCAUCCGGACAAGAACAGGUUUAAUGGAGCGGAAGGCGCGUUUAAGCUGGUUUUAGACGCUUGGUCUCUGUUAUCUGACAAGGCUAAGAGAGCUGUCUAUGAUCAGAAGAGGAAAAGGAAAGAAGCUAAAGAGAAAAAGAGUGAACCAAAGCCUCCUCCUCCUGCUGCUGCUAGAGAAAAUCCAAAGAGGGCUUUCAAAAAAACGGAAAAGAGAGCACGGCAGGAGCCAGGUGCUUGUAACGUGGAUGGCAAGGCGAAAGAAGCCUCAUCGAAAAAGAAGAAAGUUAGUAGUACCUUUUGGACAAUGUGCACUCAUUGCUUGACGUACUCCGAACAUGUGAGAGCUCAUAGUCUUGACAAGACCUCGCUUUGUCCAUUCUGCCAUGGGAUUUUCGUCGCGACGGAGAAGUUUCCAGAGAUGGUCAAUGGGAAGCCAUUCAUCAGAUUCGCUCCUCCUCGCCAACAAGUUACCUUUUGGACAAUGUGCACUCAUUGCUCCACAUACUCUGAGCAUGUGAGGGCUGGUCAUCUUGACAAGACCUUGCCUUGUCUAUUCUGCCAUGGACUUUUCGUUGCUACAGAGAGCUUUCCAGAGAUGGUCAAUGGGAACCCAUUCAUAAGAUUUGCUCCUCCUACCCCCAAGCCUCAAGCAACAAGCGGAAGCACAAGUGAUACUCCAAACUCUACUCAUGAGGCAGACAUGCAUUUCAAGAAGCCGAUGGCAACAGGACAUCCACACUCUAGAUUUGAAGAUCUAAACUCUACUCAUGAAGCACAGAGGCUUUUUUCAAGAAGCGGACGGACAGGUGUGAAAUAAGAAGUAAGAGAUCAGAAGUUAAAGAAGUUAUGCUACAGUAAUUUUCACUAGUUGUCUCACGUUUCAAAGUUGAAACAAGAAUGAAUAAUCUUACUAAUACUAACCGAUACAUAUCUUUCUCCAUUCUCUCAAUCCUAGAUAGCUUUUACUUAAUCUUGAAAAGUUGUCUGGAAUCUGUAUAUGGUUCUGCUAAGAAGGUGGUAGAUCUUAGCAGAGCUAAUCAGUCAGUAGUUUAGAUAAAUAUUAGUUCAUCUACCUUUUUAUUAAAUACUCCGACGGUGAGAUGACUUGUAUGUAUCUGAUAAACCCAUAUCGGACACAAGAGAUGAUAUAUAUUUAAUGUUUCACAUGAAUUGCGGUUUGUGAUCACAAUAUGAGAGAAGAGCCAGUUGGUAAAGCUCCACAUGUACUCUCACAGAAGAGGUUACGAGAUGGAUCCAAUAAGAGUAAAGAGAACAUCCCCAACUUGUAACGUGCAGAGCAGGGAUUACAUGAGGGGUUUAGGAUUAG